GUGAAAGUAUAUAAGGUUGAGAGCUCCAGCUGGGAGUUCACUGCAGUAGCUCGAAUCUUGCACCGAACCCACUCUCGCCCAACCCCAGCUGAGCUAAAAAUGUCAUUCAGCGCUGUUCUGAGUGAAGCUGACAUCACUGCAGCCCUGCAGGCAUGCCAAGCUGCUGACUCUUUCAACCACAAGGAUUUCUUUGCCAAGAUCGGACUUACAGGCAAAUCUAGCGAUGACAUCAAGAAGGUCUUCGCCGUCCUUGACCAGGAUGGGAGUGGCUUCAUUGAGGAGGAUGAGCUGAAACUGUUCCUGCAGAACUUCUCUGCUGGUGCCAGAGCAUUGACUGAUGCUGAGACAGCCAAAUUCCUUAAAGCUGGGGACACUGAUGGCGACGGCAAGAUUGGAAUUGAAGAGUUCUCCUCUCUGCUUAAGUAAAUAUCAGCUGACCAACAUCUCCUGCCUUGAUGGAACAACAUUGCCCAAGACCUCCCCUUUUCAUCUGAAUAUAAAUAAUUUUUAUACAUUUGCCUGUGACAUGCCUGCAGACUGUUUCCUCUCUUGCAGCACUUUGUCCAAAGUGAUGAUUGUAAAUGUAGUGCAGUUGUCUUUCAUGUCUUGAAUAUGAAUUUUGCUUACUGUAAAAUCUGAUGCACUUUUCAGGAACAAAAAAGAAAAGAAUAAAUAUUCUUUUGCAAUAGAA